ACCUCGAUUAAGGUUGGGUUGGUUUAGGUUGCUUGAUAAAAAAACAACAAACCAAAUCCAACUCUGCUAGUUAUGUUUCAUUGAGCUGGGUCUUAAAUUAGACUAAUUUCAACCUAAUCGUAUUCUCGGUUCGGUCUUUGUUUCUUUAUACUAGUAAGUAGCAAGUGAAGUUGAAGUUGCAGUUGCGGGAAAGACGCAGGUGGUGAAAUCCUGUCACCAAAAUGAGAGCUCUGCUUCUGCUCAAAGGUGAAAGUGUGAAACCAACAAACAAACAGACAAUUUUCAUUCGUACCAACUGAAAGUUCUUCCUAUCAUGCAGGAACUCAGUGUAAAAGUUUCCAGGCGUAAUUGUCUCUCGUGUUUCUGUUCAACUCUAGUUUUGAUUAGUGAUUGCGCCAUGCCUAUUUUUGUACCAAAGGCAUCCGCUGUGAAUGGAAUGAUGGAUAAACCUUUGUGCAGAAAUUGUUUGGGAAGUGGUGCUGUGCUUUAUGAUAUGUGUGGUGGCACAGGAAAAUGGAAAGCUCUUAACAGGAAGCGAGCUAAAGAUGUUUACGAAUUUACUGAGUGUCCAAAUUGUUAUGGUCGAGGAAAGCUUUUCUGUCCUGUUUGUUUUGGAACUGGUUUGCCAAAUAAUAAAGGUCUCCUAAGGAGGCCUGAGGCACGGAAAUUGCUUGAUAAAAUGUACAAUGGACGGCUACUUCCAAACUCUUAGAAGCCGUAAAUCUGAGCAAAAUUGAGGCUUGCUAAUGCUGCUUUUUGGCACAAUGAUUGGGAUGAUCCUCACCAAUUAACAUAGCCAGUGACUUCAUUGGUAAUCAACUUCUAGCACAGAUCAUGUGGAGGACUUUUUGCUUAUAUUUUUGGUCUGGCUUCAUUCCAGAACUCUAGCCAUUGCCUUAGUUAUACACCUAAUGACUUUCAUGGUUCUGUAUGAAAAAGGUCCAUUGUUCGAUGCCUACAAUCCUCAUAUUCAUGCAGACCCAAAUGACUUACAAAAUCCCAUGUAUAAUGUAAACAUUGAGCAAAUACUUCCAGCAAGAGUAAAUCUGUAGAUGUAAAUUUUCAUGCAACUCGUGUACACCUAAGAGGUAUUAAAUCCUUAAAGAUGUGCAAUAGUUUACAAAAUUAUAAAGUAUGUCAUGAAUAAUAUUUUGCUGUUUA